UUUGCAAAUCUACUUCAGUGUUCUCUGUGGCCAGGGAGGACUGCAUGACUUUCACAGCAUGAUAUGAAAAUGUCUUUCCUCUUAUGCAUUUGGUAACUUCCUCUUUCUCUGAGUCGAUGAGGUGUGUGCACAAAUGCGAAACAGUUAAGUUGAGACUGUUGCUGACACAAGUCUUAAUGACAUGCCUGUUUACUGACUUCAGAGAGCUUUAUUCUCCAUCAAAUGAAACGAAUAUACACUUGACCUGCAUGUACGAAACAAGGACUUGAAGGCGACAGAUUCUUCGCAAUCAUGCUAAAGCAGUUUAACAUCUUAAAACAGUUUGGAAAUGGGGGGAAGUCGCAGGAUGCAACUGACCUUCUCUCAGAGGAUCUUGUUUUGGUUGAACAACGUGUGGAGCCAGCAAAGAAAGCUGCCCAGAUCAUCUACAAGAAGUUGGUAGGCUGCCUGCAGAGUCAGCAGGGACUGGACUCAGAGAGACGGAUGAAAAAGUUACCCCUCAUGAUGCUGUCUGUCAGUAUGGCUGAGAGCUUUAAGGAUUUUGAUGGCGAUUCCUCUAUAAGAAAAGUUCUGGAAAUGUGCUGUUUUAUGCAAAAUUUCUUGGCACGGACUCUGGCUGACUUUGAGAUGAAGUUGGAAAAAGAAGUUCUUGUGCCUCUGAAUAAGCUCAGUGAGGAGGACCUACCAGAGAUCUUGAAAAACAAGAAACAGUUUGCAAAACUUACAACAGACUGGAAUAAUGCUCGCGUCAGGUCUCAGACCAGCACAGCCCCACAGGCCAAGCAAGACGGACUAAGAGAGGAUGUAGAGGAAGCCUGGAGGAGACUGGAGUCUAUUAAGGAUCAGUACUCUGCAGACCUCUAUCAUUUUGCCACUAAAGAGGAUGAGUACGCCAGCUACUUCAUCCGUCUUCUAGAACUGCAAUCAGAAUAUCACAAGGCCUCAUAUGAAUUCCUGGAGAAAAACAUAACCGAGCUCAAAGAGAGUCACAGCCACACAGAGCCCCUAGUGAGUUCAUCAGAGAGAAAGGUUUUCGGAGAGCCUCUGCUAUCUCAUCUUGAGAGUUGUGGAAGACAGAUUGCUGUCCCUAUUGAGGAGUGUGUCAGCAUGCUGCUACGAACAGGACUCAGGGAAGAGGGUUUGUUCAGGCUAGCAGCUGCGGCAUCUGUUGUAAAAAAACUGAAAAGCUGUCUGGAUUCAGGAACUGUUGAUCAGAAUGAGUUCAGCUAUGACCCACAUGCUGUGGCAGGGGCUCUUAAGUGUUACUUGAGAGAGCUGCCUGAACCGCUCAUGACAUUUGAGUUAUAUAAUGACUGGUUCAAAGCAGCAGCAGAAAAAGAAACAGAUGAAAAACUAAAGCAGUUGCGCGCAGCGUUGCAAAAACUUCCCACAGAAAACUAUAACAACCUCAGAUACCUUGUACAGUUCCUGUCACAUUUGUCAGAGCAGCAAGCGGUGAAUAAGAUGACACCCAGUAAUAUAGCCAUAGUGCUUGGGCCUAAUCUACUGUGGCCUCGCUGUGAGGGAGAGACGUCAUUGCUGGACAUGGCGUCUGCCUCUUCGGUACAAGUUGUGACGAUCAUAGAGCCGCUUAUACAGUAUUCCAAGAGCCUCUUUCCUGAAGAGGCUGAUUUUGAGGUCCCAGAACUGCCUGAAAGCCCGUCCCCGAAAAGACCUCUUUCUGACCCCAUCUUACCUUCUCCCCCUUUCUCCUCUGGUCGACAAUCCCUAACAAAAACUGACAGCUCAGCAUCAUCUGAGGACCUUGGGGUGACAGUAGUUGUCAAAUCUCAGGUGAACCGUGAUGCUGUCGUGUGGGACAACAUCGAUUCUAAUCCAAUCGCUCAACCACCCACACAGAAUCACAUGCCUUCAGCACUUCCUCGUUACACUCCGGUACAAACCCACAACCAAUCGCAGACUAAGACGCAGUGCUCCAGCCAAUCAGAGCCAACUCAGGAGUUGGCUUCUCAAGAGCCCACACUGAAGAUCGCGGGUCCCUAUAAACCAAGGAGGUCUUUCAUUCAACACAAGGCAUCAAACCUCACCAGAGGCCCUUCUGUGAGUCAGCCAGGCUCUUUCCCAGCAGCCCCGACCAGAGUGUUCCCUGUUCCUCUGCCGAGAAGCUCGGAAAUAAAACCACCCCCUUUACCCAAGCCCGAAACCACCCAAGCUCCAUUGCCCACGUUGCCUGAAGCAGGACCACAAAAGAAACCCCAAGGCAGAAGACCUAAAGUUCCUCCUCCACAACCACCCCAAGCACUGAACAAGCAACUCUCCUUUCCAGCUCAGUGAGUCUUGGAAAGGGAAGUCGACAUUUAAAAGUUUGUACUACUUUCUUGUGCAGUAUCUUCUGGUUAAGCUUUUAACAGCAGUGUUUUUAAUACACUAGUAUUCAAAAAGUUUGAGGUUUGUAAGAUUUUUGUGAUUUAUUUGAUACAGUAAAAUAGUAAUGUUGUAAACAAUAUUGUUACAAUUUAAAAUAACCGUUUUCUGUUUUAAUAUAUCUCAAAAAGUAAUUUAUUUAGGGUUUCCCCUAGGUUCACAGCUUUUAAGGGGGGGAUGGAUGGGGCGGGGGUGCCGGUACUCAACGUUAUUUUUUCUGGUACUUUACUCUCUGUAUAAUAACAAAAACAUUUAUUUCAGUGAAAGAAAGCAUCCAGAGUUCUCAGUUUCAACAUUUUGAACAAUAAGGCCCUACAAUCUUUUUCUUUCUUUUUUUUUUCCGGACAUUUUUUGUUUUAAUUUUUCUUAUGAUCAAAUAUAGGCAUUAAACAUUUAUUUAUGUUUAAUCAAAUGAAAAUGAAACCCUUUUAUUUUUUGGCAUCAAACAGAGGUUUGCUGUUAAAAUUAAUAUGUGGAAGAAAAUUUGUGUGAAUAUUCUGCUCAAAAAGUUUUAAUAAUAAUUUUAGAUUUUUUUCCACAAUUAAGUGGUUAAUCUGGUUGUAAUAUUUAUUUUUAACAUUUAAACGGUUUAUUAACCCUUUAACUGUCACUCCCAUUUUUUUAAAACAGACAUAAAAAUGCACUAUCCAGACUUAAAUUUGUAUAAUUCAUGAAUGAAAACUUUUUGUAAUAUGAUUUUGAUGUACAUUUUUCAUGGUAAUGUAAUGUCUGAUUUUAAAAUGCCUUUCAAAGGAUGAAUUUUGAGAUUUUAAGAUUUCCAUUGAUAUAUAAUUUCUUAUGAUUUCUAAAACGUGAUAAAGACAACUAAGAAAGUCUUUUGGACAAAGGUCAGAACUCAUGUUAUGAUGUAGAUUUUUUUAAGUUGCACUCUUGAUAUGUAUGAAUCUAUUACUUUUCCUACAUAAUUUCUGUCAAAAAAAAAAAUCUAUUUAACGAUGUAUAGUUUGUCAUGAUUAGAUUAGGAUUUAUUUGUAAUAUGGUGAAGUAAACUUAGGCAUCCCACUGGGAGGACGGUGAGAGUUAAAGGGUUAAAUUGGCCAGAAAUAGAAAUAUAUAAAGACCUACAUUAUACUGUACAAAAGUAAUACAUUUCUGUUACACGUUAAACCGUACGUGUGCUUCAGUAUUUGUGUAGUAACAAAACCGUGUUUUUAUGAAUGGACUGCGCCAUUCCCCCCGCGUUUUCGCUGAGGAGAAAUUGUAGACGCGCGUUCUUGUAGAGACAGAAAUGACAUGCCGUCCUGUAAAUAACAUAAACAACACAAGACCAUUUAGUUUGUUUAAUAAAAGAACCGCGUGCCGCCCCCCUAAUAUAAUGGCAGGGGAAACACUGUUAUUUCUUUGACGGCAAAGCUGAAUUUUCAGCAUAAUUUACUCCAGCCUUCAGUGUCACGUGAUCCUUCAAAACUCAUUCUAAUAUGCUGACUUGGUGCUCAAGAAACAUUUCUUACUCAUUCGUUUCUCUGCAGUGUUAAACUAACUUAAAUGUAAAAAUAAAUUCUUUAAAAAAAUCCCAAACCUUUGACUCCAAAGCUUUUUAAACUUAAUAGAUCCUUUUGAAGAUCUGCUGUAGAGAUGCAAGUUUAAAAACUGUUGAACACAAAUAUAACUUGGUACAAUCUGACUUCCUUUGGUUUUAGUUUGGGCCGUAC